AUGGUGUCCACCGUAGCGCCUGUUUCCGACAUCCCGAACGCAUCCCAAACUAUGAAGAAUUGGGACAUCUUUAAACUUCAGCGCAAGAUUCUGCUCGUCUUUGGACUGUGGCCUGCGGAUCGUUUAGUGCGUCGUUGGUAUCUGAAGGGGCUGAUUGCGAUUAACCUGGCAGCUCUGGCCAUCUGUAUGGUGGGUGAAUUUCUGCACGGACUCUAUGCUUACCGGGACGGUAAUCUCAGUGAAUGUAUCGAAAGCAUUUGCCCCACGGUGGCUCGCAUUUCGGGCUUUCUGCGUAUGGUGUUUUAUCUGGUAAAUGAAGCGAAAAUCGACCAAGUGCUUAAUAACAUCAGUAAAUUGCUGCAAGAUAAACAUCCUCGAGAUAACGCAAUCUGCAAACAAAUGACCACACUCGGCCAGCAGUUUACCUUCUACCUCUUCCUGAUGAUGUUCUUUGCCGCCUGCCUCUACGGCGUAACGCCCUUCUGCAUCAUGGCCUACAACUGGUACCAGGGACAGAGGCCACUCGUAAAACUGCUCCCAUUUAAGUUGGCCUUACCUUUCGAUUCGCAGAACUCGUAUUACUUUGUCCUGACGACAAUCUUUCUAAAUUACGCCUCGGCUCCAACCAUCACCUCCCAGUCGGGUAGUGACGCACUGUUUAGUGGCGUUUGCCUCUACGUUUAUGGUCAGUUUCAAGCGAUCAAGCUCGACCUGGAAGCUCUCUCGGCAACGCUAGAUAAAGGCUCGCUGAAGGGUUCUGUGGCCGAAACGCAACGCGUUACGGACGAACUACGGCGCAUCAGCAAACGACACCAACAAAUCAUUGACCUGGUGGCGGAAGUUCGUACCGCUUUUACGCCCAACGUUCUGCUUGCCUACACGGCCACAGCCAUCAUCAUGUGCAUCGUUUGUGUUGCAAUGCUGGUGGUAGAAGGAAUCUAUAAGCUGACUUACCUACCGUACGCAUUUGCCGAGCUGACGCUGCUCUUUCUCUACUCGUACAGCGGCACAAUCAUUCGUGACUCGAGCGAAACCCUACAAACGGUGGCAUACGAUUUCCCCUGGUAUCGAUUCGACCGCAAAACGCGUCAUCUUAUUCAAAUGAUAAUGAUUAGAGCUCAGUACGGAUCGAAUGUUGACGUUCCGUUCUUUGAAACAUCGAUGGCAAGCUUUUCGGCGAUCGUUCGUACAGCUUCUUCGUACAUAACGCUAAUGAAAUCCUUCUUGUAAUACCCGACACUCAGGCAGGGUUUCAAAAAUUCAUCAAUAUUCAUGGACCAUAAAUAAUCCCUAGCAGCUUUACGGCACCAUAGGUCAAACCUUUUGGCGCGUCUGUCAAACGGGCCUCUGGAAGAAUCGGAAAAAUCUAUAUCAUUAGUAUAAUUAGGUCAGUUGCCGUCACUUGCCAAAGGCCCUGAAACGACCCCCGUUAAAGUUAGUGCGCAUUUUACGACAUCACAAUGACGUGCUGCGUCAAGAUGCACUUGCACCGAAAACAUGUGCGACUCUGCCCAGCACGACGUCGGCAAGACUCGCCUUCUCGCGCGGAGCUCGCGUGGCAGUGUGGAAAGUUAAUUAUGGCACAGCUUAAUGAGUCUAAUAAA